CGAGGGAUUAUGUAACAACUUCUGACAGCCAAAACCUCAAAAUCAUGGCUGCAGUAUAUAAAGCUUCCUUAUCCCUCUCUCUGUUCUUAAGACACAAAAUCAUGGCCCCAGCCAAACCUCCUUCUUCUCCAUUAUCAUUUCCGCCUCUCUACGAAAUAAGGCAUAGAAACAAUAGAAUAUCAAGAGCUGUAGAAGUCAUCAUUCUUUGCCUCCUCCUAUCGCUCAUUACCUACAGACUCAUUUCCCUCAAAACUCAUGCCGGCGGCGGCGGCGGCGGCUUCUUAUUAUUCCCUUGGCUUCUGGCUCUCAUCUGCGAGUCUUGGUUCACUUUCAUUUGGACUCUUACCGUUAACCGUAAGUGGAACCAAAUUGACACCCACACCUACCCUGAACGCCUCUUGCAUCGGGUGAAAGAUGGGACGGUUGAGCUUCCGGCGGUGGACAUGUUCGUGACCACGGCGGAUUCAGAUUUGGAACCGCCGAUUCUAACGGUAAACACGGUGCUGUCUCUGUUAGCGGUGGACUAUCCGGCGAGCAAGUUGGCCUGUUAUGUGUCCGACGACGGCGCGUCCCCUCUCACCUUUUACUCUCUACUCCAAGCAGCCAAAUUUGCCAGGCUGUGGGUCCCCUUCUGCAAGAAGUUUAACGUCGCCGUUAGAGCUCCGUUUCAAUACUUCAAUAAUGGCCCAGAAUGCAGCUCCUUAGAAUUCCAACAUGAGUGGAAGAAUAUGAAGGGAGAGUAUUCCAAGUUGUGCGGGAAGAUAGAGGAGGCCACUAAAAAACCUAUGAUCUUUGACCUUGCCGGCGAAUUUUCAUCUUUCGCAAAGAUCGAUCGAAGAAAUCAUUCUACCAUUAUAAAGGUCAUUUGGGAAAGUAAAGAUGAUGAUGGAAUUCCAAGUAUAAUCUACAUCUCUCGCGAAAAACGCCUAAAACAUCCACAUCAUUAUAAAGCCGGUGCCAUGAAUGUCUUGACAAGAGUCUCGGGAGUGAUGACAAAUGCGCCGUUUAUGCUAAAUGUGGACUGCGACUGUUACGUAAAUGAUCCAAAAGUGGCACUCAAUGCAAUGUGCGUACUCUUGGGAUCGGAGGAGGACGAAAAAGAUGGUGCAGCAUUUGUCCAAUUUCCUCAACGCUUCUAUGGUGCUUUGAAAGAUGACCCUUUUGGAAACCAAAUGAAAAUCUUGAUCAAAUUGAUGGUGCCGGGAACGGCUGGGAUUCAAGGACCGUUUUAUCAAGGAACCGGAUGCUUUCAUAGGAGAAAAGUUAUUUACGGUUCAUCCCCAAAUCAAAGAGGUGUCAAUGACAUAAUGUUGGAGAGAUUUGGCAAGUCAAAGGACGCAUUCACCCUUUCAGCUGCUCAAAUUUUGUCACCAUCUUCUUCUCGCCCAAAUGCAGAGAAUUCCUCUCCCACUCCCAUUGAUGAGGCAGCUUACCAAGUUGCACAUUCUACCUAUGAAUUUGGCACCACUUGGGGAGAUCAAGUUGGGUGGAAGUACGGAUCCGCAACGGAAGACAUCCUCACGGGACUAAGUAUCCAUUGCAAGGGGUGGAGAUCCGCGUUUUAUGAUCAUGACCCUCCCAGUUUUCUUGGUUGCGCGCCAACUGGUGGGCCGGCUGCAUUGACCCAACAAAAACGAUGGGCCACUGGGCUGAUGGAAGUAUUCAUUAGUAGAAAGAGCCCAAUCAUCGGCACCCUCUUUGGCAGGCUCGGAUUCAGGCAAUGCAUGUGUUAUCUUUGGUUUAUGGUGUGGCCCAUCCGGCCCAUAUUCGAAUUGUGCUACUCUCUCCUCCCUGCUUAUUGCAUCUUCACCAAUUCUCACUUCCAACCAAAGGUAAAUGAUGGUGUCCCCAUCGUAAUACCUUCUUCCAUCUUCAUCGUCUACAACUUGUACACUUUGUUUGAGUACAUUAACGCCGGAGAGUCGAUUCGUGCUUGGUGGAACAACCAAAGGAUGCAAAAGGUUACCUCUUCCGCGUCGUGGUUGUUUGGAUUCUUGAGUGGGAUUGCUAAGGUUGUCGGGUUCUCCGACACGGUGUUUGAGGUAACAAAGAAAGAACAUUGUUCGAAUGGACCUGCAGACGUAACGGUGCAAUCUGAUGUUGGGAGGUUCACUUUCGACGAGUCCUCCUUGUUUAUUCCUGGCACAACCAUUCUGUUGGUAAACAUCGCAGCUUUGUUCGUUGGGUUUGUGGAUUAUUUUAGAAAAGAAGAGGUGGGUUGGAGUUUGGGGGAGGCAAUGUGCACUGUGUGGGUGAUAUUAAUGUAUUGGGCAUUUCUGAAAGGCUUGUUUGAGAAGGGGAAAUAUGGGAUUCCGUUGUCUACCAUUCUCAAGUCCGGAGCUCUGACGUUGAUUUUCAUCCAUGCUUGUAGAUUUGGACAUUGAUUUGUGUAUCAAAUACUUUGUGCCUUUGCUAUGUGCACAUGCAGGUGAUUUCUCCCAACUUAUUUUUUAUGUGAGUGUUUCUAAAGUUAUUUGUUUUAGACUCUAGUAUAUAUUAUGUGGUGGAAUAAUAUGGAGUUAGCAAACUCUAUUAGGAUUAAUCCUUGUAUGGAAGAUCGUUCUUAUAUUGGCAUCACUAGUUCGGACUGCGGGAAACUUAAACAAGGAUUUAAUAAUUGUUCCUUCAGUUU